CGCGACAAGCGGUGCACAAGUCAGGGGGCGGCCCUCGUCCAAGGGGCACUUGCAGCCAGGGGUUGGUGGGGCGCAGCGGGGCGGGGGGCGCCUCUUUCCAGUCCCGGUCCGGAGACCUUCGGCACAGCCGCGAGCUGUGACCAGUGUGACGGGAGUCCAGCGCUGGGUGGGAAGGCACGAAGGACGCGCGAACUGCGCGCGAGGAGCUCCGGGGUGGGCGCCUGGGGCUGCGGCCGGGGGCGGGGUGGAGGCACGGGGAGUAGCCAGCACUGAGCGACCAGGGUCGCGUGACCAGGGGGCGGCGACUGGGUGGGCUGAUUAGGCGUUGCGUUCCGAAUUGCCGCGGGUCGUGCGCGCGGGACUUCUGAGCCCGCUGGGUUCGGACCUUGGGUGAGACUGUGGUGGGGCGUGUCGGAGACCUUGCCUCUGGUGUCCCGGCAACGCGUGGCGGGGCGCGGCCAGGCGCGUCCCUCCCCCAGCCUACCGGAAGCGAGCGGCCGCGGGGCAUUGUGGGCACUGUGGUCCUCCGCCCCUAGCCGGGAGGCCGCGAGCGAGCAGGGAGGAGCAGGCCUGAGGUUGUGCCUGUGUCGUCUGGAACAGAAGUUUGUGCAGAGGCAGGUAAAUGGGAGGGAGACCCACCAACCAGUAGGCUGCAGCCCAGAGGAACGAGGCGCAGGUGACCCUGGGCCCUCCUCAUCCUGUGGUCCAGGGGCUGAGGAACCCAGGCUUCUCUCGCUGGCUGGGGGAGGAAGAAGCACCGCCUCAGGCUUCAGAAGCUGUGGGAGUCCAGGAAGUAGAAAUGAAGAAGCCGGUGUGCUCCGGAGUCUGAGAUUUCUGCCCUGGGAUUCAGGAUUCGGGGGCACCAGGUGCAAUGUCCCGUCCAUUUCCUGGCAGCAUGGCGCUCUCUGUCCCAGAGGUGGAGAAGCAGAUGCCAGCGGAGCCCCAGCCUGGCCGUGAGCAGCAGUCCUGGUGGUGCCUGGUGUUCUUCCUCUGCUUCUACGGCUUCAUGGCCCAGAUGCGGCCUGGGGAGAGCUUCAUCACGCCUUACCUCCUAGGCCCCGACAAGAACUUCACGCAGACGCAGGUCACCAACGAGAUCACGCCGGUGCUGUCCUACUCAUACCUGGCCGUGCUGGUGCCCAUCUUCUUGCUGACCGACUACCUCUGCUACAAGCCGGUGCUGCUGCUGCAAGGCCUGAGCUACGUGUCUGUGUGGCUCCUGCUGCUGUUUGGCUCGACCGUGCUGCACAUGCAGUUCAUGGAGUUCUUCUUCAGCAUCACCAUGGCUGCCCGCAUCGCCUACUCCUCCUACAUCUUCUCGCUGGUGCCCCCUGCCCGCUACCAGCGCAUGGCCAGCUACUCGCGGGCCUCAGUACUGCUGGGCGUCUUCACCAGCUCGGUGCUGGGCCAGCUGCUGGUCACCAUAGGCAGGGUUGCCUUCUCCACGCUCAACUAUAUCUCUCUGGCCUUCCUCACCUUCAGCCUGGUGCUGGCGCUCUUCCUGAAGCGCCCCAAGCGCAGCCUCUUCUUCAACCGCGGAGCCCCCGAAUGUGCCAGGGCCGCGCCCUCCGAGCUGGACCAGAUGAACCCGGGCCAGGUGCAGGCCGCGGGCACGAGGCCGGGCUGGCUCCCGGCCGCCUGGCGGGACUCAACGUUCCUGCGCAUGCUGAGAGAGCUGGGCCGCGCGGUGCAGCUGCCGCAGCUGCGCCUCUGGUCUCUCUGGUGGGUCUUCAACUCCACUGGCUACUACCUGAUCGUCUACUACGUGCACAUCCUAUGGAACGUGGUUCACCCCACCACGGACACCACCAGGGUCUACAACGGCGGGGCGGACGCUGCCUCCACGCUGCUAGGUGCCCUCACUUCCUUCGCCGCGGGCUUCGUGAAGAUCCGCUGGGCGCUGUGGGCCAGGCUGGUCAUCGCGGUGGUGACGGUGCUGCAGGCGGGGCUGGUGUUCCUCAUGUACAAGACCGAUGACAUUUGGUUGUGCUACGCGGCCUUCGUGCUCUUCCGCGGCUCCUACCAGUUCCUGGUGCCCAUCGCCACUGCUGCCCAGGCGCCCAGACCACACCCUGGCCCUGCUGGCACGGUUUAUGCUCCGCCGCCCUCCUGCCCCUGUGGCCAUGGCUGCCUUCCCCAACUGCCUAUGGACGUGGCCCCGGGCCUGGCCUCCCACACAAGCGGGACGCUGCAUCCUCCCGUCCUGACCUGCUCUCAGCCUUUUUCAGAUCGCGGCUUCUCUUUCUCAAGAGCUCCGUGCCCUGGUCUUCGGCAUCAACACGUUCCUCGCCACCGUUCUCAAGACCAUCAUCACCCUCAUCGUCUCCGACAAGCGGGGCCUGGGCCUCCCGGUCCACUCUCAGUUCCUUGUCUACUUCGUGUACUUCCUGGUGCUCUUCGCCGCCUACUUCCUUGCUGCCGUGCUGGUGGGCCUGCGCCACUUCCAACAGAGCCGCCACCAGCCCCUGCCAGCGGCCCAAGAGUUGAUGAGUCCCGUGCAAGAGAAGGCCACGCAGGAUGGAGCCCAGCUCCCAGCCCCGGAGGAUGGUGUGUUUGCUGUGGGGGAGCUGAGCCCACAGUCUGAGGCCAAGGCCUGACCUCAGCUGACCGGCUGUCCCGACCAGUGGGCAGUCAAAUUCCUGACACUGCAGGCAGCAAGCCAGACCUGGACCUCAGAGCUCCCUGUCUUCUCUGUGUCAGCAGCCAGGUCUCCGACAUCAUGUCCACAUCCUCACCUUGUGGCAGCUGUGACUGAGGCCCUGGUGGUCUGUCCUUGGGACCCACGGUCCGAGGGCCAGUGGCCUCCACGAGGGGUCCUUGACUUGCUUUAUGGCACCCAGAGCAUGGCACCCCUCAGCCCUGCCUCAUGCCCUGGCUGUGACCCCCAGCCUGCAGGGCACCCUGGCUACUGGGGGCUGCUUUGCUGUCCCUGCCUACUCGGGGUCAGUGGUGGGGUCCAGGUGCCCACCCAGCCUCCCUGCUUUCUCCUCCUUGGGAGGCAGGUCCCACUUGUCCCAGGGAACCAGCAAAGUGGUCCCGGAUGCCAGUCUAGGGGACCCGGCCCCCACGGGAUAUUCUGGGCUGGAGGGGCUGUGUUCCUGGGCUGUGGCUAAACUGGGACAUUUGCACUUGUCCAGGUGAUUUCGUUUUCAAUGAUGCUCUGUACCUUUUUUAAAAAAUGGACAUAAGUGCAAA